AUGGCCGCCCCCGCCUCGGGCCCGGGCGCAUCCCGACGCUCUGCCCUGCGGUUCGUGCUGCUCGGGCUGCCGCUCCUGCUGACGCCCCCGGCCCGGGUCGCGGCCGCGGCCCACCAGCAGCCGGCCGGCUCGGGGGUCUCCCUGAGCGGCGCCGUGGCCUGUGGCCGGCGCGCGGUGCAGGGCAGGAUCCUGGGCGGCGCGCCCGCGCCGCAGAGGAAGUGGCCGUGGCAGGUCAGCGUGCAGUACGCCGGCUUCCACGUGUGCGGCGGCUCCAUCCUCAACGAGUACUGGGUGCUGUCCGCCGCGCACUGCUUCGGCAGGGACAAGAGCAUCGAAAUCUUCGACAUGUAUGUGGGCAUCGUCGACCUCCUGACCGCCAGCGAGCACACCCAGUGGUUCGAGGUGAACCAGGUGAUCCUGCACCCCGCCUACGAGAAGUUCCACCCGGUGGGGGCCGACGUGGCCCUGGUGCAGCUGAAGGGCCGCAUCGUGUUCUCCGACUCCGUCCUCCCUGUGUGCCUGGCACCUCCGGACGUGGACCUCACCAACCUCUCCUGCUGGGCCACUGGGUGGGGCGUGGUCACGCAGCAAGGUCACACCUCCAGUGAGCUCCAGGAAGCCCAGCUGCCGCUGAUCCCCAGGGCCCUGUGUGCACUGCUGUACAAAUACUCGUCUUACAUCCUGCCCGACAUGCUGUGUGCCGGGGACAUCUGGAACGUGAGGACUGUGUGCGAGGGUGACUCUGGGGGCCCGCUGGUGUGUGAAUCCAACCACACAUGGCUGCAGAUCGGCAUCGUGAGCUGGGGCCGCGGGUGUACCCAGCCCUUGUACCCUGGAGUGUAUGCCCGAGUCUCCCAUUUCUCAGACUGGAUCCGGUAUAACAUAGAGGCCACACCCCUGCCUCCUCAGCCAGUCCCUGCUCUCUGCCCCCUUCUGGGGGUCCCCGUUGGUGUCCUUGUGGCCACUCUGGGGGGCCUGUUAGUGUUGUGA